GGGUCACAGUCUCGAAUUCCAAAACCCAAACAUCCCAAACCAGCAAAUAACUGCCGAAUUGGGAUUCUUGCUAAUCCUUGACCCCGCCAUUUCUUAGACGAUGAACGGUAUCUCUUUAUCUCAGUCAAUCCCGCUGAAACCCCGUUCUGCAUUUCGCGCCAAAACUAGCUCCAGAAAAUCCUCUGCAACCAUCUGUGCUCGUCUUGAGGAUUCUCAACAGCAACAAUUAAACCUCUCCGUGCUUCGCUUCACGUUAGGAAUACCUGGAUUGGAUGAAUCGUAUUUGCCCAGAUGGAUUGGAUAUGGGUUGGGUUCGCUUCUGCUCUUAAAUCAUUUUGUUGAUUCUGGUUCAACUUCUAUCACUCCAGCGCAGUUUACCACAGAAAUUUUGGGGCUCUCUCUGGCUUCUGCUUCUAUUGCUUUGCCUUACUUAGGAAAAUUUCUCAAGGGUGCUCAGCCAGCUUACCAAAAAGCUCAACCUGAUGGUGCUGAGCAAAUAUUUGUUAUGUCUCCCAGUCUAGCGGGUAUUCAGAAGGAGGACCUGGCCUGGGCAUCAUAUGUUCUAUUGCGUAAUACAAAUGCCAUAGCCGUGUUAAUUUCAAUUCAAGGGGCUAUAUGUGCACGGGGCUACUGGAACAUACCAGAAGAAAACUCAUCAAAAGAAAGUCUUCUUGGAUGGUUUCAGGAAAAAGUAGAAAAAGUUGGUCUCUUUGAUUUGAAGGACACACUUUAUUUUCCCCAAGAAGCAGAUUCUGAGUUUCAGGAAUUUCUACCGAAAGGGGCUUGCUCUCUCCUGGUGCAACCAUUGUUACAAGUUCCAAGCCAGACUGCCAACGGACCCCAAAAUCCUGAAGGUUUUAUUCUUCUGGCCUCGACUAUGACGUACGCAUUUACCAUGAAAGACAGAGCCUGGAUUGCAGCUGUGGCCGACAAGUUCAGAGACAUGGAUAAACUUGCCAAUUUGUGAAUGCAUUUACAUCUUUCAGGUGAUGAGUCAGCAAGUCUGCAAUUUCGAUAUGUAACCUUUUUCUUCGAAAUAUCUGUGUAUAUGUAAUCCUGGUUUAGUGUAGAAAUAGGUAUUGGUUUCCUCAUUUCUUUUUUUAUGUUUCAAUGUUUAAAGUUGAAAGAAGCAGCAUGUAAUUUGAUAAUUUUGCUAGCAUUCAAUGAGAAAAAUGUUGAGCAUUUAGAAGUUUUGCAAGAGAUUUUUCGUAUGAUACUAUUUAUUUGUUGUUGGCUAGA